GCAGGAGGACGACCGACUCUCUCUUUGACCCUCGUCGAGAGCUCGUCUGCUUAGUGCCUGUACACGUGAUUUCAUUCUUCGUCAUCCUUUCGUCUCGGAACGACGCGCAUAUCAGGCUUGUGGGUGCAGGAAGAGCGUUCGUUUCGUAGAUUUUUUACAUUUUUCACUCUCCUAACAAUCGACCCCUGGUGCCCCCCCGAGUAAAUCUCCACACCCGAUUGAGUAAAGGGGCGAUGUGAUUUUAAGCAAAUCGUUCAGCAACGUUUGUGAUCUACGUUCAGACGUGCAGUGACACCGACCCCAAGUGUUCGGUAAUUAAUUUUGUGAUGUCAUAGCUUGAGGAAAAGUUCAAAAUGGAUAUCAAAAUUAGAUCCAUCCAGGCGGUAUUUUUCAUCGCUAUCUUAGCGUUCACUUUCGAAACUACUUUCGGUGCGACUCGCAGGGGCAGAGGAAACUGGAGGGUAACUCCUAGACGUCACAAUCGUAGGGAAGUACGAGACUAUCUUGCUCCCCCGGCCCAAGAUGCUUCGUACACGAAUUACGGUGCUCCCUCAUUACAUUCGCCUUCCGUGAUACCCUAUCGACCUGGACGACGGCUGAAUUCUCCUCCGACGACCGAAGCGCCGGGAUAUUUUUCCAGAAUUGCCAGCUGGCUGAAUCCGUUCGGAGGUUCGCCGGAACCACCCCCGCUUCCCGAAACUCCGCCGCCUAUUUAUCCAAACAAUUAUGGCCAGCUCCAGCCGCCACCGCAAAGUUACGGACCUCCGGUGCCACCUCCUCCGCCCGUCGGAUCGCACGGUUAUCUUCCGCCGAAUGGUAAGGGAAAAAAUUGCAAUCCCUGCAACAGCGUUCCUUGGAUUCCGUUGCCAGGAUUGGCGCAAAACGACGCUUACGGUGCCGGUACCACAAACGUCGAAAAUCGGCCCAGCGACAACCCAGAAGCCAAAAACCAGGGAGGCUCGUUCGCCUGGAGCAACGCGGAGGAAGUCCGUACCUCAGAUUUCGGCUACGGACAUCUCGCAAACUCGAAUCGGCCUCAACAUCUACCCACUCCGAACGUCGCUUCGUACGGAUCUCCUGGGCCUAUACCGUAUCCUCACCUCUAUCCGGGACCCAUGCCACCGCUUUUCAAAGCCAAACCCUUCGUCGUCCCACCGGAAAAUCUCCCUCCCUCCAACGGUCUUUCGCCCGGUCCAUUCAACGCCGGUGAUUCACCUUUGUCUAUCCCUGGCCCCGUCAAUCCGAACCUCAACGACGGCCACGUCGAAGUAUUACCGCCCGGAGCGGAAGUGGAUAUCUCAGGGAUCGACGGACCCCCUCCGACGGGAUUCGAGGGUGAAAUUCGCGACACUCCGCCACCCGGGUACGAGGAGAGUCCGGCUCUAGGUCAUCACGGGGAUUCCUAUGGGAGUACGAGUCUGAAUAUUCAGCAAUCGGAGCCCGUCCACGAGCAACAUCUGAGUACCGAAUUAACGGUGGGUUACGAAGUUCAAGCCCCCGGUAACGUCGAGGUUGUGAAGAGCGUUCCUGCCGCCGAAUUUACAGCGUCGAUUGAGCACCCCAUUCACUACGAACAGUCGCCGCUCAUCGACCUCAGUCAACAGGGCGGAAAACAGGCGCACAAUUCACAUGAGGAGCAGGGAAAUGGCGGGAGUAAUUACGCCCCAGGGUUGAACCCUCCUCCCAACGUAACUCCGGAAUCGUACGAUCAGAACGGAGGAAGCGUUGGUCGAGAAGUUUCGAAAAAUCCUCCAUCGGGUGGAUCGGAGCAGUUGAAAAAUUCGUACGGAAACCCCGUAGGCCAGGAGUCACCUAAGGACUCGUCGGUCGCAUCGAGCGCGGCUAACGAGACAUUUUCUUAUCCAACUUCCGGAUUCGGCAUUCCGGAUGUCGGCGAACUCCCCAUAAGUCACGAGUCAUCUUCGCUACCGACCGUAUACGAGAAUUAUCCACCUUCUUCGGAGAAGUUUUUGAUAUCCGUGAAGGACCCGGUGAAGAAUUCCAGAGGCCCGUUGGUCGACGGCGCGCAAAGUAUCGGGGAUCAGGAAUCGACCGGUUCUCUAUUGCAAGAGCAUAAAGAACUCGAUCACAAUCAGCACGGGAAUAUCGUCGACAGCUAUCAGCGACACAUAGACCAAAAUCAUCCGCAAAAUAGACCCUCGGGUUUUCUGAGCCAACCGGAACCUUUGGUCCCUUAUCGUCCGAGCUCGCUCUACAUACCAUAUCCUCCUUACACCGGUCCCAGUAGUCAGCAAGAGGGUCAAUCUUCGAUUCCAGCGUCUCAGCUACCUCCGUUGUCUACGACGGAGGAGCCUUUCCUAGAGGCACUGCUCAAAUCGUACGAUAAUUUCAAACAAGAAAUGGCCGUCAACGAUCAACUGGCGAAGGAUCAGCGGGACAGAUUGAGGGCGGAGAGUCAAAUCAAUCAAGACUUCCGAAAUCCUGGAUCACCCGGAGGCGCGACUUGGGUCUCGCAGCCACAGCCGAACUUUCCGAUUCCCGAGAGAAUCAAUCCUGCCGUUUAUUCGAGUGGUAAUUUGAUGCCUCCUCCAGCCUCGAAUUCCGAGAGACAAGAACACCGGCAAUCGGGAACCAAGAGAAAUAAGCAGGUGCAAAUCAUCAUUCCUUAUACGUCGCAGUAUACGCCGAGCCCCUUCCAACCGGUCACCGACGACUGGAGCGGACGCGGUCCCCUCGAGCAAACUCAGGCGAGAAAAGUACCCGACGCUGAUAGUCAUGAUCAUAAUUACGUGGGGCAAGAGUCGAAAAACGUUGAAAUCACCAGGACUCUGAGACCCCUUGAGAAUCUACUGAUCAAAGAAGUCGCUAAAAAACCCACCUCGCCCAAGCAGACCAACAAUUCCAUAGACGUUUCGCGGCUUCAAAAAAAUAUCGACAACUGGACGAUUCAGGAAUACUCGCGAGGAAUAACGUCGAGCACGGCGCUUCCCAGUUCUUCGCACCCUUACCUCCUACCGUCCAAAAUAAUACCGCACGAGUACCUCACGAGCACCCCCUCCUCGGCGUCCAAAGAGAAAAUUGACGGGAUCCAAUCCGAAAUACCUGGAUUCAAUUACAACGAUCUCGAACACGAAGUAGCCGCGAGUAGUCGCGUCGACGCUCCCCGAGUCCAGGUGUUACGAGUGGAGAGUGCUUCGAAAGUCGAAGACAGCAAAGGAGGAUCUCAACCUACUUCACCUCAGCCACCUUCCUCCACUUCUUCUUCGUCUUCUUCUUCUUCUUCUUCGUCUUCUACGACGACGUCUACGACCGAGGAGUCGUGGGCCGAACUUCCAGUUUCGAUUUCUCCCCACAGCAACGAAAGAGUCUACGUCGUUACGCCUCAGCCGGUCAGGCCAUCGAAAUCGUGGGGACAGUUAGGUGACGUGAACAAGACAGGAAAGUUCGAGGCAAUCGAAAGAGCGUACCAAGUACUGCCGCAGGCUGUUAACAAUUUGGCUUCCUCUUCCGUGAGCGGUCCGGAGGAUUCCCCGCUAUGGGGAAUAAUGGAACACGAUGACUACGCGAAAAAUAAUCAAGAGAACUCGACUACCAGUAAACCGAUUCUCUACUCUGGACACUCGAAGGUUUCUACCGGAAGACGCUGAACCCGGAGAAUCUCUCGUUUGCAGAGGCUGCUCAAUUCGACGAUGAAUCAUACAAAAAAGAAAAAAAAAAAAUUCAAUUCGCGAGUGACCACGAAUGAAAUAGUAUUUAUACGUAGAUAACGCGAUGUGUGUGUUCCUGAGCGAAAGAUAUAUAUAUAUACAAAUAGUUAUAAAUAAUAAUGCAUGCGUGCGCAAGGACAAUUAAUAUUGCCUAAUAAGACUGUGUAUCAAAUUAGUUCGUACCGUAUGUUUCUAGGUAGAUAAUUAUACACACCAUAUUACCCUGCUCACUCAUAGGUGCAGUACAUACAUUUUAUGCUAUAUAUAUAGAUUAUAGGUGAAUAAUUUUUAAAUGUAAAUUCGUCGAGCGGUUAACGCUUCUAUUUUAUAAUUGAAUGAGAGUUAAAAAUUAACGGCCAGUUAAAAAUCUCGAUUCAUAACUCCACGAUAUAUAUAUACCUAUACAGCAACGAAGAAAAGUAAAAGUCAUUGACCGUGCGGUUAAAACCGCACUAUUCUCUGAAACUCGACCGGCGUAAAAUGACGAUGUCCUAUUCGAUUCCCGUCCCAUUUUUCAUUGGAAUUUAACCCCGCGGAUGAUCUUUACCGCGUAAUGAUCAUUAUCAAUUCGACAAGAGCUUUCCAACGAUAACUCACCCACUACUCACGGCUUACACCUUAUUACAUGCGCUUUCUCUAUUGUUCGCUCACGCUCGGCAGCAAAGUUAAUUCACCUCAGUAUCGCACCGUUGCUCAUUUACAUGUGUAUGAAAAAAAAAACCCGCGUAUUCGUCGCGGUUAAAAUUGUUUUUGUCAAGCGAAUUAUGUUCGCGCUAGGUAUACAUCCCACAUAUUCAGGUGCGAAAGUAAAUUAGUGGCUGACGUAACUUGGAUCGCAAAAAAAAAAAUAAAUGAGCAAAUUAGCGGUAA